GGAGAGGGACUGCCAGAGGAGGUGCUGGCACUCAUCUUCCGCCACCUGCCCCUGAGAGACCGUGCUGCCGCCGCCAGGGUCUGCAGGGCCUGGGCCGCCGCUGCUACCUGCAGCACCGUGUGGCACGACACAAAAAUCAGACAUAAGCGCUCCAAGAUGGGACGGAUGUGCCCAGGCGCGCCCCGACUGCUAGAGCCUUCUUUCAGAAUUGUUGCCCCCCGGGUCUUUAGGAGUUAGGAACUGUGAUGGCAUCGGGACCAGUCCUGGGCGCUCUCAGACCACUCGCUGCUAUCACCCUCUGCAGACGCCCCACCCGCUCGGUCCUGGACACACUGCCCCCCUCUCUUGCCUCCUCCACCCCUCUGCGGACUCUGCAUUUCUGCGGCCCUGGAGCGGGGAGAGGGAGGGCACGGGCGCGGGCCGGGCCUCAGGGGUGAGUGUGAAAUAAACAAAUUCUGCAGUGUUUCUGAGAGUCCUAUUAAAGGCGGGGUCGGAUCUGAAAGGGAAGGGCAGGGAACGCACGGGGGACCGGAGGAGCCAUCCCGGCAGAGGUGGGGUUUCCUCAGGGUCCUCUGGACUGACACAGCUGCGGGGGGUCAGGGGCGGGACACUCGCACCCUUGGAAUGACUAUAUCCAAGGGCUUGGGCGGGAGCCCCACCUUCCUAUCUGCUUGCCCUGCCUGGGGCUUCACUGUGCCUCUGGCCAUUACCUUCUAGCACUUGCCCAGCCCACACCAGGUCGCGCACCGGCGAUUUCUCCCGUAGAACAGAGAAGGAAAUAGAGGGCCUGAAAAGGGUGGGACUCGAACCCAAGUCUCCCACUCGCCCCCCCCCACCCCCCCCCCCCCCCCCCACACAUCCCAUCCAAGCCAGCCUUUUCUGCCUGCUUGUGCCUCGGCCGCUGUCCCAGCCCCGCCCCGCGGGCUCGCACGUGGCCCCCGCCUGACCCGGCGCCCCGGGGCGGAGUGGGGCGGAGCGGGCGGCAAACGCAGCACUUUCCGCGGCUUUGACGAGCCCGCAGCGGCUGGGCCCGAGCGCUGAGCCGGGCCGAGACUGCACCAUGCAGGAAGCGCCAGCCGCGCUGCCCACGGAGCCAGGCCCCAGCCCCGUGCCUGCCUUCCUCGGCAAGUUAUGGGCGCUGGUGGGGGACCCAGGCACAGACCACCUGAUUCGCUGGAGCCCGAGCGGGACCAGUUUCCUCGUAAGCGACCAGAGCCGCUUCGCCAAGGAAGUGCUGCCCCAGUAUUUCAAGCAUAGCAACAUGGCGAGCUUCGUGCGCCAACUCAACAUGUACGGUUUUCGGAAGGUGGUGAGCAUCGAGCAGGGCGGCCUGCUUAGGCCGGAGCGCGACCACGUCGAGUUCCAGCACCCGAGCUUCGUGCGCGGCCGCGAGCAGCUACUGGAGCGCGUGCGGCGCAAGGUGCCUGCGCUGCGCGGCGACGACGGCCGCUGGCGCCCGGAGGACCUGGGUCGACUACUGGGCGAGGUGCAGGCUUUGCGGGGAGUGCAGGAGAGCACCGAGGCGCGCCUGCGGGAGCUCAGGCAGCAGAACGAGAUCUUGUGGAGGGAGGUGGUGACACUUCGGCAGAGCCACGGUCAGCAGCACCGGGUCAUUGGCAAGCUGAUCCAGUGUCUCUUUGGGCCACUUCAGGCGGGGCCCAGCAAUGCAGGAGGCAAGAGAAAGCUGUCCCUGAUGCUGGAUGAGGGGAGCUCAUGCCCAACACCUGCCAAGUUCAACACCUGUCCUCUACCUGGUGCCCUUCUGCAGGACCCCUACUUCAUCCAGUCGCCUUCUACUUACAGCCCCUCCCAGAGACGACUUUGGGCCUCAGCCCUCACAGGGCCAGGGGCCCCAUCAUCUCUGACAUCCCAGAAGACUCUUCAUCCCCUGAGGGGAUCAGGCUUUCUCCCUCCAGUGAUGGCAGGAGCCCCCCCACCGCUGCCUGUGGCUGUGGUGCAGGCCAUCCUGGAAGGGAAAGGGAGCUUCAGCCCCGAGGGGCCCAGGAAUGCCCAACAGCCUGAACCAGGGGAUCCCAGGGAGAUACCUGACAGGGGGCCUCUGGGCCUGGAGAGUGGGGACAGGAGCCCAGAGAGUCUGCUGCCUCCGAUGCUGCUUCAGCCCCCUCAAGAAAGUGUGGAGUCUGCAGGGCCUCUAGAUGUGCUGGGCCCCAGUCUCCAAGGGCGAGAAUGGACCCUGAUGGACUUGGACAUGGAGCUGUCCUUAAUGCAGCCCUUGGUUCCAGAGCGGGGUGAGCCUGAGCUGGCGGUCAAGGGGUUAAAUUCUCCAAGCCCAGGGAAGGACCCCACGCUCGGGGCCCCACUCCUGCUGGAUGUCCAGGCAGCCUUGGGAGGCCCAGCCCUGGGCCUGCCUGGGGCUUUGACCAUUUACAGCACUCCUGAGAGCCGGACCGCCUCCUACUUGGGCUCUGAAGCCAGUUCCUCCCCCUGAGACCCCGCGCCUCUGAAGGGGCUUGGAACCAGUCCGCGGCUGCACAUCCUUCUUGGCUUCCUGGCGCCCCCUGGCGGGAGUGAGCGAAGCCCCUCCUAUUCAACGGCCUCUCUCCACUACCCCGACGAACCCUGCACAUAAACACCAUUUUUUUUUU